AUGGCAAAUCUAAUCGAUUCAAAGAAUGCAUUGAAGUUACCAAUCUAUAAUAAAUUGAGAAACAAACGAGUCAUCUUAGCUUCUUCGUCAGAAAGAAGAAUAAACCUUUUAAAAUCAAUAGGAAUCAAUCCUGAAGUUGUACCAAGUACAUUCAAAGAAGAUUUAGAUCAUGAAACGUUUAAUGAAUUUGAAGAAAUCGAUUUAAAAGGUAUCAAAUAUUCAUUAACCAACUCAACUGAAAAAGCUAUCGAAGUUUAUACAAGAUUAGUAGAAGAAUCACCAGAAAAUGCACCUGAUUUAGUUAUUGGAUCAGAUACAAUUAUUCAAAGUUAUAUUCCAAAAUCAAAUCAAGCAUCCAUCAUUUUAGAAAAACCUACAUCAAAAUCAGACCAAUUCAAGAUUUUAAAAGAUUUGGUAACGGCUGAUGAAGAUAAGAUUAUUGAAGUGAUCACUUCAGUUACCCUGGUUUUUCCUUCUUUACUUUCUCCUGGGUUUAAACUUAAACAUUUAUCUGAAAAAACUAGGAUUUGGUUUGGUGAUUUGAAUGAUGAAGAUCUUUUAGCUUAUAUUGAAAAUGGUGAAGGGAUUGAUAAAGCUGGUGGAUUUGCUAUACAAGGUAUCGGGUCUCAAUUUAUUAAAAGGAUUCAUGGUGAUUAUAAUAAUGUAGUUGGAUUUCCAAUUUACGCUUUUUUGAAUUUGAUGAAAUCUUUAAUUAAUGAAGAUGACGAAUUCUUGUCAGAUUGA